GCAGCCAGUGGCUCAGCCAAUGAGAGGCAAGCGUCCCGUGAUGCGGAGCGUGGCGGUUCAGAAGGAGGUGUGUGCCGCCGGGCCUGAUGGGAGAUCCAAGACGGUGCUGCUGGUGGAUGCAGCACAGCAGACAGAUUUCCCCGGCGAGGCGUCUGGCAGCGUCAGAUGUGCGUCGGAUCAGGCGAGUCCUCAGUGGAAGAAUAAAGCUGGGCGCAGACACACGUCUCAGCAGGAGUCGUCCAGCGAGCAGGGAGCCAGCGAGGCCGACAUCGACAGCGACAGCGGCUACUGCAGCCCCAAACACAACCAGGGAGCCGCCAACACCUCCACCAAUCAGCACACGGCCGCCGCGGCUGUGGACGCUGGCGUCAUGACAGGUGCAGCUGUUAGCUGGGGGAAUGCAGCCUCACAGACCGUCCAGAAGCCGUGGGCAGACAGGAACACAGUGUAUCACAGAGGCAGAACACCUGAGCAGAGGAACUACACACAGGACUUCCAGAUGAGCUUUGGAGGUCGUGCAGGAGGACAGAGAUCGACUCCUUCAGAGACACCCAACACACACCUCAUACCUGAGCCACUGUACUUUCAGGAUGAGGACGAGUUUCCUGAUCUGGCCACGGGUGGUGCUGCUCAGCGGAAUAAACCAGAACCAGUUCAGCCCAAACUGCCCAAGAACCUGCUGGAUAACCUUCCGGAGAAUUCUCCCAUAAGCAUCGUGCAGACGCCCAUCCCCAUCACCAGCUCUGUGCCCAAGAGAGCCAAGAGUCAGAGGAAGAAGGCGCUCGCCGCUGCUCUCGCCACGGCACAGGAGUACAACGAGAUCAGCAUGGAGCAGAAGAAGCUACAGGAGGCUCUGUCUAAAGCAGCAGGUAAGAAGAGCAGGACACCGGUGCAGUUGGAUCUGGGAGACAUGCUGGCAGCGCUAGAAAAACAACAGCAGGCCAUGAGAGCACGACAGCUCAACAACACCAAACCACUGUCAUACACAGUCGGGACAGUGGGCGCUCUGCACAGUAAAGAUGGCGGCAGUCGAGUGACAGGACUCAAAAACACAUACACCCCCCCUCACAACAUCCUGGACUCCAGCGCACCACGCAUCAAGAGAGGGAAAGAGAGAGAGAUUCCCAAAGUCAAGAAGACCACCGCCAUGAAGAAGAUCAUUCUGCAGGAGCGUGAGGUGAAGAAGGGCAAGAGUUCUGCUGAGAACAGCGUAUCUGGAGCCGACGAGCAGAGAGACGCUCUGACCUUCACCGACCCGCUCACACAGGAGCAGGAUGAGAACGGUCUGAGCAUGCCCAGUGAUGCGUCUCUGUCUCCAGCCAGUCAGAACUCUCCCUACAGCAUCACACCCGUGUCACAGGGCUCGCCCUCCAGCUCCGGCAUCGGGAGCCCCAUGGCUGCGUCCGCCAUCACCAAGAUCCACAGCCGCAGGUUCAGAGAGUACUGUAAUCAGGUGUUGAGUAAGGAGAUCGAUGAGAGCGUGACGCUGCUCCUGCAGGAGCUGGUUCGAUUUCAGGAGCGGGUUUAUCAGAAGGAGACCAGCAAAGCCAAGCGGCGGCUGGUCAUGGGGCUGCGAGAGGUCACCAAACACAUGAAACUGCACAAGAUCAAGUGUGUCAUCAUCUCACCCAACUGUGAGAAGAUCCAGGCCAAAGGCGGUCUGGACGAGGCCCUUGAGCAUAGCUGUAAUAAGACCAACUGGAGGACGAUGGUGGAGAGCGCAGACGCUCCGGAGCCACUGGAGACUGAACCUGUCAGCAGAGCGAGCAGCAAAGAGCAGCCUCCGCAGCCGACGGUCGCGCGCGCUCCAGAGAGAGAUGAGUCCCGCACGGACGACCGGCUGGAGUGGGCAUCCCAGCAGAGCACAGACACCGCCUCUCUAGACGGCAGCUGCAGAGACCGGCUCAAUUCCUCCAUCACCAGCACCACCAGCACACUGGUGCCCGGCAUGCUGGAGGAGGAGGAGGAGGAGGAGGAAGAGGAGGAGGACUACACCCCCGAGCCCAUCUCUGUGCAGGUGCCACCACUCAGCUCCAGGAUCGAGUCCUGGGUCUCCAAAACCCUGGAGAACAUGCAGCUGCGCAGACAGAGCAGCACCGAGGACGAGGAGGAUGAAGAUGAGGAAGAGCGGCGGAGCGACGAGGAGGAGCUCGACUCCUCUGAUCUCACCGAACCGGCGGCGAGUUCACACACGGGAUGA